GUGCCCGGCAUCGCCGCCGUCGCCUCUGAGAGAAUCGCGGAGAGAGACGACGACGAAGACGACGAGAGACGCAGAGAGACGCAGGGAAGACGAGGAGAGAGGCGAAGAGAGAGGCGCUCGCUCGCUCGCUCCAUCUCCCACCGGGGGGUGCCGAGGGGUCGCGCUCAUCCCCACGGGGCGCUCCUCUUCCUCCUCCUGCUGCUGCUGCUGCCCCCCCAUCGUGUCGCGUGUGUCCGGCAGCUCGGGGCUGUGUAGCUCUUCACCCCCCACUCUCUCUCAGUCUCUCUAAAGACAUUCUCUCUCCCUGUCUCUCUCUCCCUGUCUCUCUUGUGUGUGUGUCUCUCUCCCUGUGUCUCUCUCCCUGUGUCUCGUGUGUGUGUCUCUCUCCCUGUCUCCUUAUCUCUCUCCCUGUCUCUCUCCCUGUGUCCCUGUCUCUGUCUCCCUGUCUCUGUCUCUACCUGUCUCUCUCUCUCCCUGUGUCUCUGUCUCCCUGUGUCUCUGUCUCCCUGUCUCUCUCCCUGUGUCUCUAUCUCUCUCCCUGUCUCUGUCUCCCUGUCUCUCUCUCCCUGUCUCUGUCUCCCUGUCUCCCUGUCUCUGUCUCCCUGUCUCUGUCUCCCUGUCUCCCUGUGUGUGUGAUCGCUUCUCCUCGCGAGCGAAGCGACGAGCCGCGCUGCCAUCGCGAACCCGGCAGAGGCCACCCGAGUUCGAUCCCCCCGGCCACUGACAGCGGUGAACCUCCCCUAGGUCGACUCGGCCUCAAAUAAGAACCUGGCGCGGUGUGUAAAAGAAUAAAACAAAAAUCCCAUCGCCGCUGGGGAGACAAAGGCGGUCGGGCGUGGGGCCGGCCACACCGCCCCCCACGUUGUGCUGGAGGCUACCGGGGGGACCUUUGCCUUUGUCCCGUCGUCGUCUCCAUCCCUUCGCGGCGCUCUCCGCCGCCCCGAGCCCCGCGUCUCAUCCACGCGAACCCCCCUCCAGCUGCGGCGUCUCGUUCAUCCGUCUCCCUCCCUCCCUCCAUCUCGCUGCGUCUCCACUCCGUUUCACGGGGCGCCGACAGCCGCAAUCGGACGCGGCUACAGGCGGACAGCUACAGAGCCACAGUCGCAUCUCGUGGGCAGUGCGGUCAUAUAGCCGCAGUCGGACGCCUGUCCAGCAGACACAGAAGCUACAGUCGCACAGCUACAGUGGGACAGAGUGGGAGCUAGAGUCACAUUCAGGCUACAGCCGGACGCAUGUCCAGCAGACACAAGCUACAGUCGCACAGCUACAGUGGGACAGAGUGGGAGCUAGAGUCACAUUCAGGCUACAGCCGGACGCAUGUCCAGCAGACACAGAAGCUACAGUCGCACAGCUACAGUCGGACAGAGUUGGAGCUAGAGUCACAUAUUCAGGCGACAGUCGGACGCAUGUCCAGCAGACACAGAAGUAGCUACCUUCUUACCGGGCUACGGGCAGACGCGGCGCCUACAGGCGGACGGCUAUAGCCGUACAGUCAGACGCAGCGAGUCGAGUCGGCUACAAAGACAAAGGUCCCCCGUGUAGCCUUAACGGAUCGUCGGGGCAAGUGCUACUCGAGUGACUCCCACACCCACGCGCUGUAUAUGCCGCUGCCGGUGCUGAGGCCGAGGUGGAGCUGGGCCGAAGAGGAGGUGGAGAGGAAGAGAAGGUGGUGACGAGGAAGAGGUGGAGAGGAGGUGGAGAGGAAGAGGUGACGAGGAGGAGGAGGAGGGGUGAUGAGCGGCCAGGGUGGAUGCGCGCACGUGUGCGUCCUCAAGGCGGAGCAGGCGCAAUGGAGGCAGCAGCUGCGAGUGAUCUACCAGUGGUUCGUGUGGAGCGCCACGGGGGAAGCGCGGCGCAGGAAGGCCCUGUCGUGCGUGUGCCAGCUGUGCGGUGCCCACUUCAGCCGCCUGCACUCGUGCCUCUACUGCGUCUUCUUCGGCUGCUUCGCUCGGCGCCACAUCCACGAGCACGCCAAGGCCAAGCGCCACCCGCUCGCGAUCGACCUGUACCACGGCACCAUCUACUGCUUCCAGUGCGGAGACUACGUGUACGAUCGCGAUGCCGAGCAGAUCGCCAGGGAGGAGCAGCGCAAGGCCUGGAAACUGCAGGGACUGGGCGACCGCUACACCAGCUGGGAGCCAACGCGGCGGGAGCUCGAGCUGCUGCGGCAGAACCCCAAGCGACGCAAGAUUGCGCCCAACUGCACCAUCGGCCUGCGCGGCCUGGUGAACCUGGGCAACACGUGCUUCAUGAACUGCAUCGUGCAGGCCCUGACGCACACGCCGCUGCUGCGCGACUUCUUCUUGUCGGACCGCCACCGCUGUGAGAUGGAGAGCCCCGAGUCCUGCCUGGUGUGCGAGAUGAGCCGCCUCUUCCAGGAGUUCUACUCGGGGUUCCGCUCGCCGCACAUCCCCUACCGCCUGCUGCACCUGGUGUGGACGCACGCUCGCCACCUGGCCGGCUACGAGCAGCAGGACGCCCACGAGUUCCUCAUCGCGGCGCUCGACGUGCUGCACCGACACUGCAAAGGGGACGACAACGGCAAGAAAGCCAACAACCCCAACCACUGCAACUGCAUCAUCGAUCAGAUCUUCACGGGCGGCCUGCAGUCGGACGUCACCUGCCAAGUCUGCCAGGGCGUGUCCACCACCAUCGACCCCUUCUGGGACAUCUCGCUGGACCUGCCGGGCUCCUCGACGCCGUUCUGGCCGCUCAGCCCCGGCUCGGAGGGCAGUCUGCUGCUCGCCAACGGAGGGGAGGCCCACGCGGCGGCGGGCCCCACCUCGCUCACCGACUGCCUGCGCAGGUUCACGCGGCCCGAGUACCUGGGCAGCAGCGCGAAGAUCAAGUGCAGCGGCUGCCGCAGUUACCAGGAGUCGACCAAGCAGCUGACGAUGAAGAAGCUGCCCAUCGUGGCCUGCUUCCACCUCAAGCGAUUUGAGCACUCGGCAAAGCUGCGCAAAAAAAUCACCACCUACGUCUCCUUUCCUCUGGAGCUCGACAUGACGCCGUUCAUGGCAUCAAGCAAGGAGAGCCGCGUGAACGGGCAGCACCAAGCGGGAGGAGACUCCCUGAGCAGCGAGAACAAGUACUCGCUAUUUGCAGUGGUGAACCACCAGGGCACGCUGGAGAGCGGCCACUACACCAGCUUCAUCCGGCAGCACAAAGACCAGUGGUUCAAGUGCGAUGACGCGAUCAUCACGCACGCCGGCGCGCGGGACGUCCUCGACAGUGAAGGGUAUCUGCUGUUCUACCACAAGCAGUUCCUGGAAUACGAGUGAAUGGUCUUGGAACGUACAAAAAAAUCCCAUCCGCGGCUCGACCUGACUGCGUGAUACGAGGAAACGGAAUACAAAGUGGAGUGGAAAAAACAAAACAAACUAAUAACUGCAUCUACCUGAAGUAACCGCGAACUAUGAGAGAGUACUGGAGAUACUUGAGAAAAACCCUGACCCUGGACGGCUGGACGGGGGGACGGGAGCUGACGGCUGCUACCAUUGUAUUACAUUGAAAUGGUCGGGCUGCAUUCCCUCAAACGAACGAAUGUUUGCGAUGCACUGAUGCUCUCUCGCCCGCCGCCGCCGCCGCCACUGCUGCGGCUGUGGCUCCAGGCCAGCGAGCAGAGCUUGCCCCUAGGCGGCCACCCAGACCUUUGCUUGGGCUCCUCCGUAUUAAAAGAGAGAGAAAAACUUUAAAAAAUACAAAAAAAAAAACUCGUGACUCACUACACAUCCAGUAAUUGAUUAUUGUGCCAGUUUACAAAGCUACCAAAAUGAGGUGCAAAUGAAUCCUUUGUGCAAAAGAUAUGCUCUAGUUUUCUUUGGGUUCCUUGCGUUGUUGGAAAUAUUUGCAUAAAGGUUUAUUUUGUUAUGUCAUGGAGAGUGGCUGCGCCGACAAAGUGACGGUGUUUGUGACGGUGUUUGCUGUGUUUCAUUUGUGAGUGAAGGUGUUUGGCGACCAGACGCCGAGAGACACCGGCCCUGUCCGCCACAAGUGAUCCUGGUGGUGGUGGUGGUGGUGGUUUUAAAAGGCCCUACUAGGUCCUACUAUGUCCUACUAGGCCUUGUUAGGCCCUACUAAGCCCUGCUAGGACCUACUAGGCCCUACUAGGCCUUGUUAGGCCCUACUAAGCCCUGCUAGGACCUACUAAGCCCUACUAGGCCCUACUAGGCCCUACUAGGACCUACUAGGCCCUACUAGGCCCUACUAGGCCCUGCUUGGUCCUGCUAGGCCAUACUAGGCCCUACUAGGCCCUGCUUGGUCCUGCUAGGCCCUACUAGGCCCUACUAGGCCCUACUAGGACCUACUAGGCCCUACUAGGCCCUACUAGGCCCUGCUUGGUCCUGCUAGGCCAUACUAGGCCCUACAUGGCCCUGCUUGGUCCUGCUAGGCCCGGGCGCCACCUCGGGUGGCAAGGCCGGCGUUUAAAUCGCCAUCACGGCAGAGAUUUAACAACAACCACCACGCCGGGAGCGUGCCCACGGAUUUGUUUCUGUUCCUAGUCCAUCACGAGACAGAAGUUUAGAAAAAAACAAACCAUGUUGUUGGUGCUGAAAGCACGCGUCUUACCACUAAUUCGUAACAAUGCAAUCGUGUAAAUUUAGUUUUGUGAAAUCGAUGCACAAUUUUAUUUUGCCAUAGACGAGUAAGAUAACUGAUUUGGCAGCUUUAAAGAUGUUAACAAAAAAAACUUGAUUUUGGGUGUUGCCUGGUGAAUGUGUGUGGUGGGGGUUUUUUCUUUCUCUGUGGACUAAAUAUUUUUGAGGUGACAAAUUGCGUUGCAUGUCCUCAACUGGUUUUACAAGUACGGCCGUGAUACUGUUCAGACGGCUUCUCAGUGGCAAUGAAACGUGAUGUGAUGCAACCUUUGUGUUAAGUAGCGACUAAAAUACACCGCGGUCAACACGAUAAUGUCACGUUGUAGCAGUCAUACUCUGAGCAAGGCAUACUUUGAACUCAACGUUUUGCAGUAUUGGGUUCUCCAGUGCAUCGCUUUAUGUACAAUUUUUUUUUUAACCUGUAGGUGAAUGUUACAGGCAUGUGAUGAGUCCUCAAUUUAACUAAAUCCUUAUGCUCACGACGUACGUAUCAACUCUUGCAUGUAAGCAUAAGUUAUUUUUGUUUAUUUGUACAAAUGUAGAAGUUGUUUAUUUACAUUGAUGCAAGCGGUGUGGCGGAACACGGGUAAAAGUAACACCGUAGAGAUGGGGGAUGGUAAAUGAUAAUGGUGGUCAUUAGAUUAGGCUGUAGACACGAGGCAGUACAAAUUACUUCUACAACGAGACAGUACAAUUGAGUUGGACUACAGAUGAGACGGUUCAGAUAAAACCGGUCCAGAGAAAUCAAUUCGCGAUCACGAUUCGCGAGGUCGCAGGACAAGCCAGCUGCUCCGGCUGAGACGAUGCAAACAAAGCAGAUGAGACAAUGACGACGGCGCAGACAAGACGGGACACACGAGAUGGGGGGGGACAGACAGUAUAAACAAGACGGACACUACAAGUGGGACGGUAAAGGCAAGAUGGAUGAGAUUUGUUUUUUAGUUCGUGACGUCUGUUCGUGUGUUCACGUAGCCAACCACGCGAAUCAGGUGCGGGGGAAGGACAACAAACUAAACACAGACGGCAGUACUAAAGAAAUUAGUUUUAAAUUUUGAUUUAGAAGUACUUCGCUCCCUGUGGCUUUCAAAUAUCAGAAGGAAGAGCGUUCCAGACGGCCGCGUCUGGAUUCGUGACAAUUGGUGGCACUGGAGGGUGCCCAUCCACCGUUGUCUCCAGGGGGGCUACACGAGGUUGGCACCGAUCACCGCAAGCCCACCCAGACAGUAAUCGUGUCUUGUACUUUCACAUUUAAAAUCCCCGAUUAUGUCAUUGACAAAAUGUUGCCUAUUGGAUGAAAUCAUCAUCGCCGGCCACAAUCCCCCGAAUAUUUUUUUGUUCAACACAAUCACUGUAAAAAAAAAAUCACGCAUUGACUAAAAAUAACCCAAGUAGGGUUUUUCUUCUUACGAAAGGACGCUGGGUGUGUGUGUGUGUUUGAUUGGUGUGUGUGUGAGCUGGACGCUGGGUGUGUGAGCCAGCGUACUCGCAGGGCCCAGAUUCCUUAUGUGACUCAUCCCUCCAGCUCCUGAAUGAUCGCUCCACCAGUGAAUUCCACCACGGUGAAGGACAACGCUUAGAAGUUUCUCGACUAAGUUGAUCACGGCCGAUAAACCCUUCGACUUAGGGGGGGGGCGGGGUGGAGAGGGGUCGCGCGCAAAUAAAACCGUGGUUGGCUGUGACCCUGCGUCUCGUGUUGGUGGCAUUCGAUCCAUUUUUGGGACCUCUCCCACAUUUUGUUUCAGCCGGUAUCAAGAUGAAGUUGGCUUUCUUGUGCUCCUCUGCACCGUAGCGUUGCAGUCGUUUUUCUACGUUUAAAAGGCCAAAAACAAUGAUUGACACCUGCCAAUAUUGCACUGUAUGGAACGCCGUGUUGGUGCAGUGUGUAAGCAGGGGCGGAUCGCGUGGCUCUAGUGCCAUGCCGUACGGGGCAGCGCGGUCUGCACGUGGCGGUUGUGGGUGGAUGCCACGCGGGGAUUUCUGCCCCCCGUGUCCCCCAAAAGACACAUUUUGUCACCUCAUAAAUGUGAUUUUCUUUCUGUCUUCUGUUGAUCGUUAAAACUCGGCAAAGCGGCACCACGUUGUGCAACGGUGGAAGGGAAAUGGGCCACAAACAUAUCCUUUGCACAUUUUUUUGCUGUAUUUUUAAGAAAUGUUAUUUUUGUAUUAGUUAUUUUUUUAGUUUUUGUUCUAACGUGCCAAGGUAUUACCAUCUCGUGUGCACAGCUGCUCUCGAUGGGUUACAUUUCUUAAUUGAUGGUUGUUAUUUUUUAUCUCUACGUUUGUUGUACGUGGCGUGCGUUGUGUUUUUGGUGUUCCGUGAGAAACUCUCCCCGCUCCGUCGGGGCUGCGUUUUGCGGUAAUUGCGUUGCAUGUCAGGCACACUGGCUGUGUCACUGGCCAUGUCACUGGCCGUGUCAGGAACACUGGCUGUGUCACUGGCCAUGUCAGGAACACUGGCUGUGUCACUGGCCAUGUCAGGAACACUGGCUGUGUCACUGGCCAUGUCAGGAACAC